AUGCUAGACAAACUCCCCACGGAAAUAUUGAAUAUGAUACUGAGCUAUGUAACUAGUCACAAAGACCUGAAGCAACUAUGUGAGGUGUGCACCCGCCUGCGGGACUGUGCUAUACCCUGCCUUUAUCAGUGCCUGGUCUUCAACGAUCCGGAAGCGACAUGCAAAGAGUCGGCUGCGGCCGUAAACUCAAUUCCCAGAAGAUACGCGUCGCAUAUACGAGACAUUGAAUUGAGGGUUCCGAUCCAUUAUCGAAACUGCUAUCACGAAAUGGAUGACGACUAUGUGUGGUUAGACGAUGACGACGCAUUCGACACCGAGGACUCACUAUUUGACUACUUUGAAUAUAUGGAAGAUGAACUAGAAUGUGGUAUUGAAGAUGGAAUAGAAGUAAAAAAUGCAGAUGACAGGUGA